CCUUACAGGGGAAGAGUCACAAAUUGAAAGGAAUAUCGCACAAGCCGGAGAGACACAAUACAGUAUACGCACAGAGAGAGAGAGAGAGAGGAAUUAAAGGGCAUCAGCGGACCGCUGCCGGGGGAACGGAAGGAGCUUUUGCAUGUCUCAAGACCUGCCUCCAGCCCCUUCCCAGCUGCUGUGCUGAAGCAGAGAGUUGACAGACGGGGUAAACACACCGGGGAUGGCGGAAGAAGAAGCCGGCCAGGAGACUAACCUCGGGGCCUACUCGCCGGUAGACUACAUGAGUAUCACCAGCUUCCCCCGGCUGCCCGAGGACGAUACCGGCUCCACCGACAACGUCCUGCGGUACCGCAAAGACGAUGACUCGUCCCUCUGUGACCCGGACACCACAGAUCCAGACCUGUUCCUGAAAUCAGCUCGCCUGCAACGCCUGCCCUCCUCUUCCUCUGAGAUGGGCAGUCAGGAGAUGUCUCCCCUGCGUGUAACCAACAAGGACCCUUUCUCCAGUGACUGCGCCUGUCGGCAGGACGGUCUGACUGUUAUCAUCACUGCCUGCUUAACAUUUGCGACUGGAGUCACUGUGGCCUUGAUUAUGCAGAUCUACUUUGGAGACCCACAGAUCUUUCACCAAGGUGCAGUAGUUACAGAUGUGGCCCAUUGCUCCACGGUUGGUACUGAAAUACUGAAUCGCGAUGGCUCUUCGGUGGAUGCAGCUAUUGUGUCCGCAUUAUGCUUAGGAAUAAUCCACCCCCACAGCUCUGGAAUUGGAGGGGGUGGUGUCAUGUUAGUUCAUGAUAUCAGGAAGAAUGAAAGCUUCAUCAUUGAUUUUCGAGAGACAGCUCCAGCAGAGGUUGAGGAACACAUGUUUGUGCAUAAUUGGGAGGACAAGCCUGGCCUCCUGGUGGCUGUCCCAGGAAUGAUACAAGGACUGCAUCAGGCCCAUCAACUCUAUGGCAGAAUCUCCUGGUCUGAGUUAAUGGCCGCAGCAGCAAAAGUUGCACAAGAUGGUUUCAAUGUGACUCAAGAACUUGCUAAAGCGAUCGAUCAGGUUAAGGACUCAAAUAUGUCAGAUACUUUCCGUGAAACAUUCCUGCCACAGGGACAACCAUUACAUCCAGGAGCUUUCAUGAAACGUUUGGACCUGGCAGCCAUUUUCAGUGCGGUUGGACUUGGGGGUGUUUCAGCAUUUUACAGUGGAAAUGUCACUGAAGAGAUGGCUUCUGAGGUUCAGAGUAAAGGUGGAGUACUCUCUGUGGAGGAUUUUGCUAAUUACAGCGUGAUUGUUGAGAAGCCUGUUGAAGGAUCGUACCAAGGUCACUUUGUGCUCACUGCUCCAGCCCCACAUGCAGGACCUGCACUUAUUGCAGCUCUCAACAUUUUGGAAGGGUUUAACAUAACAGCGCACUCGACCAGGAAUCUAACCUAUCACUUACUCACUGAGUCACUGAAAAUUGCUUUAGCCUUGGCGAGCAGCCUUAGUGACCCUUUCUUUAAUUCCACUGUUACUCAACUGAUCGAGCAGAUGCUCAGCAAAUCAGAAGCUAAAACUCUGCAUCAGUUGAUUAAUGACAGUGCGGCAUUCCCUCCUGCUCACUACCUGCCCUUCUACUCCUUGGAGACUGGUCCUUCGGCAAGCCAAGUGCACGUCUUUGGACCUGAUGACUUCAUUGUUUCUGUUGUGAGCUCCUUGAACCGUCCAUUUGGCAGUGGAAUCAUGACGGCCUCUGGGGUUCUUCUGAACAGCCAGAUGUUGGACUUCUCCUGGUCGAACAAAGCACAAGACAAUUCCACAGCGAACCUUAGGAACAGUAUUCAAGCUGGCAAAAGGCCUGUGUCUUUUUUGUUACCCACAAUUGUACGGCCAUUACGAGGGAUGUGUGGGACAUACCUCUCCCUUGGAGCGUCUGGUGGGACAAACACUCUGAGCAGCCUCACUGAGGUCUUGCUGAACAUUUUCUCCUUUCGCAAACAUCUGAAUGAAAGCCUUGCUCUUGGCCGUUUCUAUCCGCAGCUUCAGCCAAAUGUUUUACUGGUUGAGAAUGAGUUUCCAGAGGAGGAAGUGGAGUUCCUUGCAGAGCGAGGCCACACAGUGAUGAGAGAAGAGAUUCACUCCUUGGUCCAUGUAGCCAGGAGGAUAAAUGACUUCAUCACAGGGGCCAAAGACCCAAGAAGCAGUGACGCAGCUGCAGCUAUCAUUUUGUAGCCAGAAUUUUUCGCCAGUGAUGGUUUCUUUUUCUCCUUUUUUUUCUACCCCUUUUAACUUUUUGUUCACCGUGAAGUUGCAGAGUGCAAGUUGAAGGUUAAACACAGAAUGUAACAGUCAGGACCCGGUGGGAAGAGAAGCUGCAUUUUGGGGGGGAGCUUAGAGUGGACUCCUCCCCAAGUCUGGUUCUCAUUGAUGUUUUUAACUGAAGGUGGCCUGACUUCCACUGUUUGUCCAGGUUCUUGUGACUGACAGCAGAUAAGAUGAUUUACAAUGCACAUUUUAUCUUGGAACCAAAGCAUGCUGCAAAUUUAAUCUGUGACCCUCCCUCCUGCUUCUCUUUAUUUCCAGUCGUAAAGUUAGAAAGAUUUGCCUAAUAAUAGAAAUUUAUGCCAUUGCAAGACCAUAAAUAUUUUUGUCACAUCUAUUUCCAAGAUGCAGACUUCUACUCACUUUGCUACAAUAUCCUAGACAAAGCAUAAUGGUGAUGCUACUGGAUGAGGGAUCCAGAGGUCUGAGUUCAAAUCCCAUCAUAGGAAGCUGGGAAUUUGAAUUCGGGCAAUUAAAUAAAAUUACUACUAUUAAAGAAAACAUGGCAAUACUUGACUGUCUGGUACACUAAUGUUGAACGGACUUCUCAAAUGUUAAUUCUGAUCUCUCUGCACCUUUUCUGCAGCUGUAACACUGUAUUCUGCAUUGUGUUCUACUAUCCUAAUGCUCUUUGUAUGUACAAUCUGUCGGUAUAGCACACAAAACAACACUUUUCACUGUAUCUUGGUACAUGUGACAACAAUAAAUCAAACUCAAAUUAACGUUGUUUAGGGAAGGAAAUCAGCCACUUUUACCUAGACUGGCUUUACCAAUAGGAAGGAGGUUCACUCUGAACUGCCCUUUGUAAUUCACGGGUUACUCAAUUGUAGCAAAACUACAAUAACUCUCUCCUUCCCAGCAAUGUGGGAAUACCACAGAUAGAAGGUAGCUCACCACUACCUUCUCAAAGGUAACAAAGGAUAUGUAAUAAAUGCUGACUUUGUCAGUGACACCCACAAACCAUCUUUUUUUUAAAUUCUCAUCUGUAUUGAGGGGCCAGAGCAGCCCAAUUUCCCAAAACAAUUAGAUUUUGAAAAUACUAGAAGUCUGAUAGCUUCCUCUU